AUGUCCAGCACUGAUAAGUCAAAGCCUAACUUGACUUCCAAUGUCAGCCUUUUUCCAGCCCCUCCAUGGCAGUUGAUAAAUAAACUUUUUAGUACUGAUACACCUCCACGACCACCUACUCCUCCAGGUUCAACCGCUUACAGAAUGUUCGGAAAUUUCUACAACUCUGAGGAUGCCAUUCUUCGAUCUUUGGAGUCACAAGGUGUCCGUCGAGUUUAUCCACAGACAUAUAACCGUAAACGUGAACUUAAGAAAAUCAAUUUUUCAAUCUUGGCUAACUAUCUGGAUUUGUUGGAUAUCAUCACUCGAGAUCCAAGUUCUCCCAGACGAACUGAAAAACUUGAUCAUUUGGCUAUUCUUUUUAUAAAUAUGCAUCAUCUUGUCAACGAGUAUCGACAGCAUCAAGCUAGGGAUUUACUUCGAGAAAUCCUCAAAUACCAGGUAAGCGUAAGCGCGGAAACUGUUGAGAAAGCUGAACAGUAUUUAGCACGUGCAGAUGAACAGCUUAGAAUUGCCGCUAAUGACCUCACCGUUCCUGGUACAUCAGCAUCAACUUCUACCAGUUUUAAUCCAAUGGAAAAUCUUCGAAAUAACUUGAAUGAAUUCGGUCCCGAGUUAGCUCCCUUAUUGCAAACUGUUUUUGAUGAGACGGUAGCUUCAAGUCCUAUUAGUCGGGAAUUGCAACCUACACAAGAAUCUUUAAUGCCUCCAGACCAACCACUGGAAAACUUGCUUACAAAUUUUAACAUCUCAGAUGAUGGUCAAAUAUCUAAUCACAUAGAUAUGGCUCUCUGGGAAUUUCUCUUUCAAACUAAAGAAGAUUCUGAAAUUGAUAUCAAUUAACAUGCACUUAGCUUUUGUUUUAAUAGAAUAGAAGCUGAAGAAAUUCAUUUUAUAUUGUUUAUUCAACUGUGUAUAGCCUCCAUUUUUUUUUAAAGGUUUUGUAUAUUUCUCAGUCAUGACCAAUUUUUUUUAUUCCUUUUGUUGAAGAUUAAACAUUAAUGUAUUUAAUAGUGUGUUGAGUCCGUUGUAUUAUCAAUAUAUCUUAAGUAUUUCUUAUUGUAUUGUAAUUUACUACCCUUCUACUAAUAAUAAGUCAUCUCCUAAUCACUAGUAUUGAUGUGUAUGAGGACUAAGAUUAUGCGGAUAUCAAGUCGUAAUCUGUCUAUAUGUUAAAAUUUUCAGCUAAUUGGUUAACUUAUUAUGCUUCGUGUUUGAUUACACAACUAUUUUUGCAGUUGGUUGAUUAGCACAACAUAAAUCCUCAACUAUGCAUCAGUCUUUCUAACAAAACGCAAGGUUUUUAUUUAACCCAAUGAAAAGACUGUGUAUAUCGUAGUCAAUUCACAAGGUUGAGAAGAAAAUCUAAUUUUUAAUAAACAGUGGCUUUGUCCAAAAUUUACAGCCUUCUGUCAUGUAGUUUUCUCAUCACAUUAAUGAUUUUUCAUAAAUAUCUCGAAAUAGAUUGUUUAUUAGAGUUGUUUUUUAAAAAAA